AUGUUCAAAGUAUUUAAAGGGACCGGAAUCGAAUCGAGCUAUUCCGUCUCGGCGAAUCCGCUGUUCGUCUCCAAUAACACAUGGACAAUCUAUCCAGCCAAGCACCGCACAACCAAGAAGAAGGUUUCCGUGUGGCAGUUUAGCAAGAAGGACCUGGAGGCCCGUCUCCAAGCCAACGGGGUUCUCAACAGGACAAACCGCUCAAUGAUCAUGGACGAUGUCUGCACUGCGCUGCGCAACUACGUAGGCAAUCUGUCCAAGUUUAAGCACCCGAAUUUCCUAACCGUGAUUGAGCCUCUGGAAGACCACAAAAACAGGAUGCUGUUUGUUACAGAGUAUGUGGUUGAUGAUCUGGCGACGCUCAACAAGUCUGAUCUGGACGAGAUCAUCAUCACGAAGGGGCUUUUACAAAUAGCGUCGGCUCUCAAGUUUCUCCACCAGAGCGUCCACACCGUCCACAUGAACCUGACGCCUAGCUCUAUUUUUAUUACCGAGAAUUUCGACUGGAAAAUAUCUGGGAUGCAGUUUAUCGAGGUGAUGGAAAACCAGAUCCAGGAGAAGUACGUUGAUCCGCUGGACUCGCGCCUGCCGUCAUUUUUGAGCAUCGAGUUCCGCUACUCAUCGCCCAACUUGCUGCUCAAACACAACGUCGAUUACAUCAACGACCUGUUCUCAGUUGGAUGUCUCAUUUUCUAUCUGUUCAACGACGGAAAGUCGCUCUUGGACUGUUCGAGCUCGAGCCUGUUGGAGUACGAGCGCACGUUCAACAAGCUCAAACAGAUCCUCGGCUCUGCGAACCUGAACAGCCAUGCCAGCUUCAACAGUAUUCCCAGAAACUACAUCGACAUUUUCAUCCGCCUGCUCAAAGACACACAGGAGUCGAACAAGGACGUGCUCAUGCUGCAGACCCCGCUCACCGUCGACGACCUUUUGGCGUCCAAGAUCUUCAACAACGACCUCAUCCGGAUCCUCAACGUUAUAGACGAGUUCCCAACACUCUCGCAGCAGGAGAAGAUCGAGUACCUUGCAAAUCUGACAAAAGACCUCCCCAGCUUUCCGCGUGCUCUUCUCAUCAACAAGUUCAUUCCUGUGCUUUCUGAUCUGAUUACGCCGCUGCUUUCUGCCAAGAGCGUGAGCGAGGACGACCAGAAAGUCAUUAUUGUGGCGUCGCAGAACCUGCUCAUUCUCAGCAGCCAGCUCUCGCAGCUCACGUUCAGCGACAAGAUCUUCCCGCUGAUCAACAGGAUCCUAAACGAGCAGAACAUGCCUAGCUACGACCUUUUGCUGGUCUCGAACAUUGACACCAUCAAGACGAAACUCGGCGCAAACGAGACUGAUCUCGGGACAAAACACACACAGCUGUUCCAGAGACUGCUGAACAAACUCUUCGAGAAGUCCAUGGUUGCCAGCAACGACCCCAACACCGUCCAGCUCCAAGACAAGGUGCUCACCAGUCUCUCCGUUUUCCUCAAAUACCAAACGUACUCCACCAUCACGACGCAGAUUUUCCCGGCUGUUUGCCAGCUGUUCAGCACAACAAGCUCGCUGAAAAUCAAAAACCUCACCAUCGACGCGUUCGUGCUCAUGAUCAGCGGCAUGAAGGAGAAAAACAUAGACAACUACAUCAUCGUCGAGAAGCUGCUGCCACUGGUACAGAACACGCACGCCUCGAACUUCAAGAACGCGAAUCUGCUCAUGAACAUGGUGCGGCUGUACGAGAGCAUAUUUCAUAAGCUCAACAAGUCUCCGGCGACGAUCUCUGUCGCGAAGAACGAGGUCGAUGUGGCAGAGCUGAUCCGCGACUCGGUUUUUUUCCAACUCUGGAAGCUCACCAAUUUUGUGUCCCGAAAAAGCGACCUCGACGGUCUUUUGCGCGUCAUCGGGGAGAUAGAAGUGUAUCUGCGAAAAUCCGUCACUGCGAAGCUCAAAGAAACAGAAACAGCGUCGACAGCUUCAACCCCCGCCGUUGCCAAACCUGCUACCCCUGCUACCCCUGCCAAUCCGCUGGACGACUUUGAGGACUUCCAGGCUGCUCCGUCCAAGUCCGCGCCGCUGCGUCUCCAGCCUACGAAGCAGUACACUCCGCCGGGCGCGCCGGCUGCACAGGCCGCAACCACCAACGGCCAGCAGACAUUUGCUGUCAUGCAGCCUAUGAAGGCCACGCGGGUCUCUUCGCCGCAGCCCUCGCCGGCCGCCACGCCGGCUCCAGCGUCGCCGAGCAUCGACUGGACCAAGACAAUGGCGCCCAAGCUGCGCACCACAGCGCCCGCCUACGACUCUCUGAUAUAA